GAUGGAAGAACAGCAGUUGCCAUGACUACAAGAAGAAUAAGUGUAGGUAGAGGGCAGAGGGGACAUUAAGUGUUUGGACCAAGAGUUCUUAGAAUUAAGUAUCUUGGGGGAUGGGGACCUUGGCCCACUCCCUGACCCCACUCUUCCUUGACCUGCUUUCACAGGGAACAUGAAUCUGACAUGGACCCUUCUUCUCCUCCUCCUCCUGGAGCAAACUGUCUUCACUCCAGGCCUGCCAUUCUCAAGACGACGUAUAGACAGCUCCACAUCAUGGGUCCCUGGGGGACACCACCGAUACUGUGACGUGAUGAUGAGGCGACGGUGGCUGAUCCACAGGGAUAAAUGCAAGCAGAUCAACACCUUUAUUCAUGAGGACCUGGCCACCGUAGCAGCCUUCUGUAACACUCCAGCGGUGCCCUGCACCAGCAGCCGCUCCUUGCACAGCUGCCACAACAGUACUCAUGACGUCAGUGUCACCGACUGCUUUGCCAGAGCAGGGACCCGGCCCCCCUACUGCCACUACCACAAGAAGGACUCCACCAGGCCCAUCCGUGUGGGCUGUGAGGAGGGGGAACCUGUUCAUCUGGACGGCUAGGCUCCUCCGAGCCCUGACAUGUAAUGCCAAGGAAUUGCACCCUACAUCUUAAAGUCUUUGAGACUUUGCCAAAGUCUUCCCUGUAAGUGCUUCUUCUCUGGUGUAUGGCUCGCUUACUGUUUUCAGUCAUCUCUCUUACAGCCUCUCCCCUAACGCUAACUCCACAGCCCACCCCGCACUUCUGACACGGUGUCGGUUUUUUGGAUGCAAGACAAGAUGGGGAUGGGGAUGUCAGAGAAUAAAGCCCUCUCAAGGGGCUUCUAUUCUGGAAAAGCCUUGCUCCCAUCUAGCAACUACACAAGCCGGUGAUUUACCCAAGAGCUUCUCCAAUAAGAACUCUCGCCUGGUUCGCAGGGUCCUCCUGCUGGACUUUCAGCUCCUUUCUCCCCAAUGGGCUCCUGCGGAGGGGAUUUGGGACGACACCCCAAAUCCCCAGAGGGAUGUCCUUAAUUUCCUUAAUAGAAACAAGGCCCUAAGGCGCAGAGCACGGCACCGGAAGGAGCAGCUACCCGGAGGAGAGGUGGCAGAGCGGGUGACUCUACACCUCGUGGUCCCCUCCGCGUCUCCCGCACCGGCCCGCAGGGGGCGCUGCGCCAUCUGAAUCCCCUCGGCCAAGCGGAGAGCAGACCGUCUUCCUGGGUUCCCCUUAAGACAGCGGGAAAUGGGUUGGAAGUUUCUUAAUUAUCAUCACGAGGCUGGAAGAUAAUAGAUGAAUAAACAGAAAAUUCAGCCAGCAUAAAUACAGCCAACUUUCAAAGACCAGAUUUCUGAGUUUACCAAAACAUUCAUGCUUUCGUGCUCUUUAGUAUUAACAAGCCACCUUCAGAUUCACACUCUAGCAUCGCAGGUAUGAAUGAAAGGGAGUGAGAUAUGUGCAGAGCACUUUCUUGUGUUAUAAGCUUUGCAGUUUGGUUGCACUGGAAAUGAGCCUAUUUCUUUCUUGGAAUCCACUCCCUUCUGAAGAAAGUUUGUCUACCCACAAGAGGGAGCAGCCAUAGGUGACCGAAUUCUCUACUCGGAGACUCCAUCAAAAUGAUGGCAGGACUUUGAAUCAAAAGGGGGCACCUGACUCUUAGGGCAGCUAUCCAUUGACUGACUGGCCAAGUGCCCAUGGAGUAAACCGGUGUGGGGAUUUUACCCUCCUGCAACAAUGGUGACAAAACUGGGACUCUUAACUUUCAUCUUUUCCCCUGAUGCCAGGAGCUGUAGUCGUGUUGUCUUUAUUUGUGACCUUCAGCACUUAGCCUAAUGCUUGCUAUAAAAGUGCUUCCAAUAAAUCUUUCAAGGGCCGUUGUGGUAGACCCGCUGGUGCUAUGGAGUUUUGGUAGAUUCCUAUUUAAAGGAUAAAAAAGCUUCCUUCCCUUCUACUCUUGGUUUCCACUCUUGAGUGGAUUGUGAAUCUUACUGAUUUUUUUUUC